UGGAGAUGCCACGUUUGGCGUGCUUGGACACAUAGACACGCAGACACAGAGACACUGGGGCCCGGGGCCCUCCUAUGGACCCUGCCCGCUUCCAUCCCGUCGUCCACGGCUGUCCACCCACCCCCAUUCUCCAAGCUUCAGCCCCCCUCCUUAGUCCGGCAUCUGCACAGCACUGAAGAACCUGCGAGUCAGACUCUGAGACCCUGAGCAACUCUAGUCCUGGUGAGCCCCCACCUCAGCCCCAGCCUCAGCCUUGCCUCAGUCCCAGCUCCAGCACCAGCCCUAUCAUGACCAAAGAGUAUCAAGACCUGCAGCAUCUGGACAAUGAGGAGAGUGACCACCAUCAGCUCGGAAAAGGGCCACCUCCUCCGCAGUCCCUCCUGCAGCGUCUCUGCUCCGGCCCUCGCCUCCUCCUGCUCUCCCUGGGCCUCAGCCUCCUGCUGCUGGUGACUGUCUGUGUGAUCGGAUCCCAAAACUCCCAGCUGCAGGAGGAGCUGCGGGGCCUGAGAGAGACGUUCAGCAACUUCACAGCGAGCACCGAGGCCCAGGUCAAGGGCUUGAGCACCCAGGGAGGCAAUGUGGGAAGAAAGAUGAAGUCGCUGGAGUCCCAGCUGGAGAAACAGCAGAAGGACCUGAGUGAAGAUCAUUCCAGCCUGCUGCUCCACGUGAAGCAGUUCGUGUCUGACCUGCGGAGCCUGAGCUGUCAGAUGGCGGCGCUCCAGGGCAAUGGCUCAGAAAGGGCCUGCUGCCCAGUCAACUGGGUGGAGCACGAGCGCAGCUGCUACUGGUUCUCUCACUCGGGGAAGGCCUGGGCCGACGCCGACAACUACUGCCGGCUGGAGGACGCGCACCUGGUGGUGGUCACGUCCUGGGAGGAGCAGAAAUUUGUCCAGCACCACAUAGGUCCUGUGAACACCUGGAUGGGCCUCCACGACCAAAACGGGCCCUGGAAGUGGGUGGACGGGACGGACUACGAGACGGGCUUCAAGAACUGGAGACCGGAGCAGCCGGACGACUGGUACGGCCACGGGCUCGGGGGAGGGGAAGACUGUGCCCACUUCACCGACGACGGCCGCUGGAACGACGACGUCUGCCAGAGGCCCUACCGCUGGGUCUGCGAGACAGAGCUGGACAAGGCCAGUCAGGAGCCACCCCUCCUUUAAUUUAUUUCUUCAAUGCCUCGACCUGCCGCAGGGGUCCGGGACUGGGAAUCCGCCCAUCUGGGGGCCUCUUCUGCUUUCUCGGGGAUUUUCAUCUAGGAUUUUAAGGGAAGGGUGAUGUUGGGAAGGUGGGGGGCUUGAAACCCGUGGCACUUUCUGCAGUUUGCAGGUUAUCAUUGUCAACUUUUUUUUUUAGAGUAAAAAGAAAUAUACCUAAA